CUAAAUAUGCUAAAAAUAUAAAGAAAGAACUUAUCUAGACUGAGCUUAGAAGUGUAUAGGAAUUGGUGAUUUUAUUGUGAAGGAAAGGGGUGUAUUUAUAGGCUUUUGGGAGGUGCAGGGUCUGAUACCCGAUCGGGUAUAUAGCAUACCCGAUCGGGUAUAUAGCAUACCCGAUCGGGUAUAUAGCAUACCCGAUCGGGUAUCGGCAAGAAAGAUUUCGAGUUGGAUAAAAUACUUAUACCCGGUCGGGUAUGUCGGCAUACCCGAUCGGGUAUGUGACAAAUCUUUACGAAAUCUUCCUCCCACGAUCAUUUGUUCCCGAAUUUGAUUUGGACAAACAAAUCAAGCAAAUACUCGAUCGGGUAUUGCCUAUACCCGACCGGGUAUAAGUAUUUUAUCCAACUCGAAAUCUUUCUUGCCUCCUUGCACUUUCCUUGAUCUUUUGAGGUCCAAUCUUGAUCUCUUGGAUGAUCUUUGACCUGUUUAGCUCAGAAUAGUCCUAAUCUAAACAAAUUACAAAUAAUUAUGAAAAUAAAGUAUUACACCAAAAGUGUGUAAUUUCCACAACUAGAACUAAUAAAAACUAGUUAAAAUUACAAAUAUAAACAAUAACAAUUCUAUACUGUUAAAGACCGCUUCAACCUCUGAAAAGACCGCUUCAAGCUCCAGCAAAACCGCUUCAAGCUCCAGGAAAUUUCUCUCCGCCGCGUCAGCAAAGCUCAAGCCAGCAUCUGCUCCGACAUCUCUAACCAUUGACCUCCAACGUUGAUCUCCUCAACGAGCAUGGGGCCAGCAUCCCACGCCACUUCUGUCUUCAUAUUGACAAAAUAACCGGUCUUCACUCCGACGAAGUGGUCGACCUUCAAACUGAGAAGUGGUCAGCCUUCACACCGACGAAGUGGUUGGCCUUCAAACUGAUGAAGUGGCCAGCCUUCACACCGACGAAGUGGUCGGCCUUCAAACUGACGAAAUGACUAGCCUUCACAGUGACGAAGUGGUCGGAUUUCAAACUGACGAAGUGACCAGCCUUCAAACCAUUGAAGUGGCUGGCCUUCAAACUGACGAAGUGGCCAGCCUUCACACCGACGAAGUGGUCGACUUUCAAACUGGCGAAGUAGUCAACCUUCAGACCGAUGAAGUGGUCGGCCUUCAAACUAACGAAGUGGCCCGCCUUCACACCGACGAAGUGGUCAGCCUUCAAACUGGCAAAGCAUCCAGCCUUUAAAGCGACGAAGUGGUCGGCCUUCACACCGACAAAAUGACCGGUCCUCAUAAACGGUGAAAUGGCCGCCCUUCAUAAAUGGAAUCAGUAGGGCUUGUUAUUCACGGGGCAAGCAGCACCAAUGACACCGGCAUCCGACGAAACAUGGUCUCUCGAAAUAAUGAACACCCUUAAGGGUUCAAUAUCUCUAGUAAGUGAUAAAACUGGUGCAGCAAAAGGGAAAGGAAAUAAUAAAAUGUCCAAAGCCUUCGAAAGAAAUCAGGCCCAAUAUAAAGUCAUAUGGCCCAAAGCUCUUUCUAAGGAAGCAGCGGACUCCACUCCAGCAACUCUCGUCAUCUUCUCCUUCACAAAUAAGCCGCAGCCACACCCGAAAACAACCAACACGGUAAAACAGCAUCGGCGACCAGAUCUUUGCACUCCAGAGCUUUCCAAACAUCGUCUUCUCGACAGAUGUGCGAAACAGACAAGAAUAGUCAGCAGCCCAGCGAAUUAGCGGAUAGCAACAGAACAGUGAUCGAUCGAUCUUUCUUCUCGGCAAUCACGCGCGUAGACUAAGAAAAUAAUCAGCAACCGGCGCAAACUCCAACGCAAAGCAUAGCUCCACUUCCUUGGUCCUUCUUGGACGGAACUGCAAUAGAGGGGAAUCUGGAAGAAAUUGGCAACAUCCAUAGCAAUCGAACGAGCUCCUCGUAGGCAAUCUGCAAAAAAGAAAAGUCUGCUGCAGUUUCUUCUCCUCGCCGGAAAUCAAUGUCGAGCUCCGCUAGGCCUUCUUCUCCAACAAACGGCACAGCCUUUGCAGCUUCUGGUGGAACAAGCAUGGCUGCGGUCUCAGUUCUUUUGCAGCAAAUAAAGACCCAACAACACAAAGGAUGAUGCCAAAUUUCUUCUCUCCAUUGAGGAAGGGUAAUUGUCGAUUUAAUCAACGAUGGAAAACACACUGGUGUUUGUCAUGAAUGACUUCUGGUGCAAGUGGUAUUUGCCUUCGAGAACUUUUCCCUGCAAGUUGACAAGAGAAACAGGAAGAUUCAAUAGAAAGGAAGAGUAAAUAUACCUGUUACUCUAUUGAUCCGCUUCGGCCAGAUUCUUGAUAAAUUGAGUUGUUAUUUGUGAAACUCUGGAUGCAGAACCUCGGUUCCCACGGGUAUUAUUUAUACGUAAAUGAUAAAAGAGUCCUUGAGUAGUACUCCCUCUGUCUCUUUAAAAUGUUCCUGUUUUCCUUUUUGGAUGUCCCGUUGGAAAGUUCUCAUUUCCCUAAAUGGAAGGUUAUCCUACAUCAAAACAGGGUCAUACAGUCAAAACAGGGUCAAACAGGGCAAAACAGUGUCAAACAGUGUCGAAACAGUGCCAAAUAGUGUCAAACAGUAAAAUUUACCCUCUGGUAAGUUUAUUUCCUUAAUGUGUGUAGGUCAAACCGGGAACAUUCCAACGGGACGGAGGGAGUAUUUAUUAUCGUGGACUCCUAUUGUAAUUCUGACUCUUAUUAUCUAUAAAUAUAUCUAUCAGAGCUACCAUUAGGUCAAGUCUUUUAAUUAUUCUCGCAUGGAGGGCCCCUAAUAAUUACCAGGCUUGAACUAAUAGAGUAGUUUUAAUAUUAUUUAUUAUUGUGGACUCUUAUUGUAAUUCUGACUCUUAUUAUCUAUAAAUAUAUUUGUCAGGGCUACCAUUAGGUUAAGCCUGGUAAUUAUUCUCACAUGGUAUCAAGAGUCAAAACCUUACCUACUCUAUUAGGUCAGCCUGGUAAUUAUUAGGGGCUCUCCAUGGCGCUACAGCCACUGCCCCUGAACCUACUUCCCCUGCACACACAGACUCCCCUCCAGCCGCUACUUAUAACCCACACCAACCCACAGUCCCCGAACAGCCCCCCACCUCUACUCUCGAGCUCAUUGCUUCCUCUCAUGCGAGUACUUCUCCGGUUGUUAAUAUUCAUCCUAUGCAAACCCGGUCCAAAUCCGUAAUUUUUAAACCAAAAACAAUUUUUAACUUAAGCACAGUUGUUAACACACCUGAUCCCACAUGUUUUUCGGCCGCCAAUAAACAUCUUAAGUGGAGAGCCGCUAUGGCGGAGGAGUUUAAUGCCCUUAUCUCGAAUCAUACUUGAGAUUUAGUUCCGUUUGAUGCUACUAAGAAUGUUGUUGGGUCCAAAUGGAUUUAUAAGACUAAAUAUUUGGCUGAUGGGUCUAUUGAUUGCUACAAAGCUAGAUUGGUUGCACGGGGGUUUAAUCAGCAGGUAGGUAUUGAUUUUACUGAGACUUUUAGUCCUGUUGUCAAACCCACUACUGUUCGUCUUGUUCUUACUUUAACUGUGUCGUUUGGCUGGUCCAUCCACCAACUUGAUGUCAAAAAUGCGUUUCUUCAUGGUCAUCUUACGGAUGAGGUUUAUAUGCAUCAACUGCCUGGUUUCAUUCACCCUCAGUUUCCUCACCACCUGUGUCGGCUUCGUAAAGCUAUUUAUGGUCUCAAACAAGCACCUCGUGCUUGGUUUCAUCGUUUUAGUAGUUUUCUCCUUUCUCAUGGUUUUGUAUGCAACCGGUCAGACAAUUCACUAUUUAUUUUCAGACGCAAUUCAUCCAUUAUUUAUCUUUUGCUAUAUGUUGAUGAUAUUAUUGUUACGGGCAAUUCACCAAAAUUAGUCACUCAUUUCUUAUCUCUUCUGGCUAAAUGUUUUGCCAUGAAGGAUUUGGGGGAUUUGCAUUUUUUCUUGGCAUACAGGCGUCCAGGACUAAGACUGGAUUGUUUCUCUCUCAGCACAAGUAUAUAUCUGAUCUUCUACUCCGUUUUCACUUUCAUACUUUAAAACCUGUUCGCUCUCCUCUCCCUAGUCGCACUAAACUUUCCCUUAUUGAUGGGGAGCUUCUUGCUGAUGCUACGGAGUAUAGAAGUAUGUGUAUUUUCAGGUAUCUCCAUGCAUGGGCUUCUCCUACAGGCUUCACGGGAACGUCCAGAAAUUAUUGCCUAUUCAGAUGCUGACUGGGCUGCCUGCCUAGACACGGGUCAUUCUACUUCUGGUUAUGCAAUUUUUCUGGGUCCGAAUUUGAUCUCCUGGCGUUCCAUAAAGCAACCAACUCUUCAUGUUCGUUCGGUCCUGUUUGAGCUUGGUUUUCCCGUUCGCGAUCCCACCACGUUGUAUUGUGACAACAUUUCAGCAUCAUAUCUCUCAGUUAAUCCUAUUCAUCAUGCGAGAAGCAAACAUAUUAAUAUUGAUUAUCACUUUGUUCGUGAACGGGUGGCUCAUGGUGAUCUGCGUGUAUGAUAUGUUCCCACUAAGGCUCAGCUGGCAGAUAUUUUUACUAAGUGCUUAUCUCCACAACAAUUUACUCUUCUUCGUGACAAUCUGCGCAUUGUCCCCCUGCACAGCUUGAAGGGAUGUAAUAGAGUAGUUUUAAUAUUAUUAAUUAUUGUGGACUCCUAUUGUAAUUCUGACUCUUAUUAUCUAUAAAUAUAUCGAUGCCAGGGCUACCAUUAGGUCAAGCCUGAUAAUUAUUCUCACAA